AUGAACCUGGGUGGUGGCGAGGAGCUGCGCGUUCGCCAGAGCAUCCUGUACACUGUCGGCCGCAUCUGCGACGAAGAGGCUCAGAAGCAGCAACAGGAGCACCAUGCCCGUCCGAGACCUCAUAUGUCUAAGGAGGCCAUGGCAUUACUCGCCGAUCUAGUCUACAAACAAUCCGAAGUGAUGGCGACGGAGCUGCAGUUUUUCGCGCGUCAUGCCAACCGUAAGAUCAUCAAGACCGAGGACGUGACGCUCCUUGCCCGGAAACACCCCAACAUGACCAACUUGCUUCAAAAAUUCCAUCGGGAAAACCUGAACUCGAGCUCUACGACGUCAGGCAAGAAGAGACGGAGGAACUUUGGCGAGUCGGACUAG